AUGGAUGCGGAUGGUAGGACAAACUUGCGCUUCUUGUUAGUCACGGCGCACGAUGUGGAUUACAAGAUCGGAUUCUUGUGCUCUGUAGUGAACGAAGCAUAUUGUAAGAAGCAUGGAUAUGGUUUUCUGCGUGUGGUGCAGAGCAGAGAUGACAUGUGCAAACUAUCUUCGGGGCGGCACUUGGCCUGGGCAAAGGUGGCUCUUCUCAGAUACCUCUUGAGCACGACUUUGAGCCCAACUUCACCAACUUCACCAAGUGCACCAGCAUGGGUGUCAAAAGGCAUGUCUCCGGUUUCGGACUUCGACUACGUGGUUUGGAUUGAUGCGGAUGCUAUGGUCCUGAACCACGCAUUGAAAUUGGAGCAUUUUGUCACGACGGCACAGGAAGCCGAUUUCAUCAUCGGAGAGGACAUGGCAGAUACAGACUUUCUCAACACUGGUCUCAUGUUUUUCCGUGCUCGUUCAGCGUGGUGCCAAGAUCUGUUGCAGAAGUGGUGGGAUGACAGCGAUGCAAGAUGGCACCACGAAGUGUGUUGGGACCAAACCGGACUCUGUGGUUUACUGCAAACACGAGGCAUUUUAGGCAAGAAGAAAGACUGGUUCAGCUGGCAUGGCGGGCUGCAGCAUAAACACCUGCAGAGAACGUUUGUUUUUGACUGCGGCAGCUUCAACUUUAAGUACAUAAACAACUGCAAUUUCGUGUUUCAUGCCGUCGGCGAGCGUGAGCUGCUUUUCUCGUUUUCAUGCCAGCUGAUGCUGAAGAAGGACCGAUUAGAAAAAGCAGUGCGUCAUGGCUUCGUGGCGAAUGGCCAGGACGUCGCAGAGUUGGAAGAGUUGGAAGGUUCCGGGUUCUUACACCUGCACCCGGAACACGUUGAUGCAGCCAAGUUGCAGCUGCAGCAGGCCUUGCAGUUUUGGCGGGCUUUUGGAACAUCAUGCUCUGGUACAAAUGGCCAGCCUCCACCCUGCAGUUGGGGCUUGAAUGUGCCAUUGUCGUGUGAUGGCGACGGCGAUAACUUGACGAGAUCGUCAGUGAGCGAAGCCGUGCUGCAGAUGCGCGAAACUUUUUCCACACACUGCAGGCCUGUGUUGAUCAGCGCUGGCUUCGACUCGCAUCAAAGUCGCAGCUCACAGCUGAGCCCAGCAAUUCUGCUGAGAUUUUUCGCCGACAUGCCUGUUCGCUUGGUGCGUUUACAGCCCGAGCAAAGUACUGACCGAACUACAUGUGGAGCACGCUUCUGGCAGCUUUGGGCCUAUGCUGCAGGAUGUCCCCCGCCCUUCUCUCCACUCAGCUCCACGAGCUACAAUCCAUGGUGCCUGAGAGAUUGGCGACCUUGGCAGGCCCUGCAAAGCCCUUGCCCACUUCUGGAAGUUGCAGCUUUCCUGCCACCCUGGAUGCAUCAGGCAUUUCCAGAAUUGGCAAUCGAGAAGUUUCCGGCAUUGGAUGUGGAGCCGCCGCAUUCUGAGAUGCCGCCUCGCGCAUCAGCCCACGACAGUCAAGCGCUCAGGACACAUGCAAGUCAGGCAUAUGCCGGUACCAAGCCAGGCGUACUUGUGACUCCAUGUGUCGUAGUUGUUGUUUGGAAAACAUACUGCAGCUACGGCUUGAUUGUUUUCAGCAGUGCUCAGAUUCUUGGCAUGUAUUGA